AUGCCGGACAAGAAGCAGUCAGACGCCUCGAGCUCUUCCUCGGAAAGCGCUACCAUCAAGAACCGCUUCUUCCCCUCGGGUCAUGGUCCCACGCUCGCCGGCGUCGCCGCCCUCCUCGCCUCCCCUACCACCCGCAACGUGGUCAUCCUCUCGGGCGCCGGCAUCUCCACCUCGGCCUCCCCUCCCAUCCCUGACUUUCGCUCCCCUGGCACGGGUCUCUAUUCCAACCUCGCAGCGUACAACCUGCCUUACGCAGAAGCCAUCUUUGACAUCUCCUACUUCCAACGUCACCCACAACCCUUUUUCACCCUCGCCAAGCAUCUCUAUCCGGGCAACUUCAAGCCUGCCCUUGCGCACUACUUCCUCACGCUACUACAGCAGAAAGGAAAGUUGAAGCGGGUGUUCACGCAGAAUGUCGAUACGCUCGAACGCAUUGCGGGUGUAGAGGGGGAGAAGAUCGUUGAAGCGCACGGAAGCUUUGCCACCUCGACGUGCAUCGUGUGCAAACACAGGGUCGGAGAAGAUUGGAUCCGUGCCAAGGUGGAGAAAGGCCAAGUGGCGAGGUGCCCAAGAGACAAGUGCCCAGGGAGAAAGAGGGGGAAGGGAGAAGAGGCAGGGGGACUGGUUAAGCCGGAUAUCGUCUUCUUUGGAGAGAAUCUGCCAGCGAGGUUCUUCAGGUGUAUUCCGGAUCUCAAGACGGCAGAUCUGUUGAUUGUUAUGGGGACAUCGCUGCAAGUGCAGCCGUUCGCAUCGUUGAUCGAUGCCGUGCCAGCGGAUUGCCCGAGGCUGCUCAUCAACUUGGAGCGUGUCGGCGAGCUGGCGUCAUCGGACGGUUACACGGGAGGAGGAAUGGGCGCAGGCAUGUACAACGAGACUGGAUUCGACUUCGAUGGAUUGACAUAUGGCGGGAAGGACAAGACAAGAGACGUCUUCUACGAGGGCAAGGCGGACGAUGGCGUGGCAGAGCUGGUGAAGCUAGUGGGAGAGGAGUGGGAGACCGAGCUGCGACGGCUCAAGGUGGAUGGCUACACGAAGCUGGACGCCGACAAGAAAGCGGAUGCGAGGCCAACGACCAAGACAGAACAAUCGACCAAAGACGCCAAAGACGAGAACAAGGUCACAGCCAAGGAAAAGGAUGGCAAGCUGGCCAACCCAACGAUCAAGGACGAUGCCAGCAAGCUAGACGAAUUGACACGCGAUUUGGAAAGCAAGGCCAAGCUGGACGACAAGCCCGCCUACAAAUCGACACGAGCAGCAGACUCAGACUCAAAGCACGGCUCAUCCUGA